AUGACAACAUACACCCCGCGCGACUUCUACGGCGGCGCAAUCAAAGGCCCAGUUCCCCAAAACUGGGUCGACGCAAGAGAGAGAGAGAAAAAAAACAGUGACGUGCGCGAAAUUCCCUCCCACCAAGAAGUGUACCUGUCGCCCACGACGCUCACAUCCCAAAUCACCGAGAUAAACCAACGCGUCACGGAACCCGAGACACUGUCCCUGGAUACGCUCAUCCCGGACCUGCAGACGCACCAGCACCAGCAGCAGCUCGACGCGGACGCAAAAGCGGCGCUCUACCACGUGCACGACCUGUGUGACGAAGAUGAUAAGCUGGAGAUCGUGACCCCGCCUGCGCGGGUCAUCUUGGGGAAGUUCCCGGCUGGGACAGUGGCGUAUCGCGGUGUGGUGAGGGUUACUUCUCCGAAGGGGAGACGCGGUCCCGGGUCUGGGUCUGGGGUUGGCAUUGGGGGCGCGGUGGCCGGGUCGAGUUUGGAGGGGGGACUGACUAGUACUGUGACACUGUGGUAUCUGGUGGUCAGGCUCGUGGAGCAGGAGACGGAUUUGGUGGUUUUUGUGAAUGUGCCCAGGGAGGAGUUUGAGAAGGCGGGGGAUUUGAGGGGGUUGGAGGUGGAGGAACGUUUGGCUGAUGGGUUGAUCACCGCGUUCGUGGAGGGGCUGGAGGUUGUUGAUUGGGAUUUGUUUUGUUAG